CGCGCCGCUCCAUCGCAGCGGUGACGUCACGCGUGCAUUGACUCGCGCUGGCCGAGAGCGAGAGGUUGAACAGACCGAGGGUUAGAGAGAGCAGUAGCCCGGGCCCACGGACAAAAACUCACCGAAAAGGAUUUACAUUCGCUACGUGUCGUCCAGCAAACACCCAAGUCUGCAAAGAGAGAGUGUUUUUCUGCUUUCCUAAAGCCCGGUCUGUCAGGAGUUACAGCAAGGUGCUGAAGCCCUUCUGUAGCACUGCAUUUGUGCGCAGUGUAACUGUAACUGAGGGUUGGUGAGCGCUGGUUUGCCUCCGUCGCUGUGGAAGUCACGAGAGAGAGCUCGUCAGAGGUCUGCCCUGUAGCAGAGUGGGACUCGAUGAAAGAUGACAGAGGAGGUGAUUGUUAUAGCCAAGUGGGACUACACAGCUCAGCAAGAGCAGGAACUGGACAUCCGGAAGAACGAGCGCUUGUGGUUGCUGGAUGAUUCCAAGACCUGGUGGAGGGUCCGCAACGCAUCCAACCGCACCGGCUACGUCCCCUCGAAUUAUGUGGAGCGCAAAAACAGUCUGAAGAAAACCUCUCUAGUGAAGAACCUGAAAGACACUCUUGGCCUGGGAAAAAUGAAAAGGAAGACUAGCGCUCGUGAUCCAUCUCCCACACCCAGCACAGAGGCAGAGUACCCGUCCAAUGGCAGCGCAGGAGGAGGUGGAGUGGGCGGAGCCGAGCGGAUCUAUGACCUGAACAUUCCCGCACUGGUGAAGUUUUCUUACGCAGCGGAGCGUGAAGAUGAACUCAACCUCAUUAAAGGGGAGAGGGUGGUCGUGAUGGAGAAGUGCAGCGACGGCUGGUGGAGGGGUAGCCAUGCCGGCCGCGUCGGUUGGUUCCCAUCCAAUUAUGUCCAAGAGGAGGUGGGAUACGCAGACCAUGAUGGGGUCUUUGGGGACUCUUUGGGGGGCUUCCGGUCCUUAAGGGUGGGGCAAGGGGCGGCGAUGGCCAAUGGCCGGCCGGGAGGCUCCGGGAGCUCCGUUCUGCAUGUGGUCCAGACUCUGUACCCCUUCAGCUCUGUCACAGAGGAGGAACUGAACUUUGAGAAGGGGGAGACGAUGGAAGUUUUGGAGAAGCCAGAGAAUGACCCAGAGUGGUGGAGGUGUAAAAACAGUCGAGGCGUGGUAGGUCUUGUGCCCAAGAACUAUGUUGUAGUGCUCGGUGAUGGGCCAGUUGCAAAGGGCUUGGGGUCGAGCCAUGGCUCUCCUCACAUCAGUCACACAGUUCCCUCACGUACAGGCAAAUUUGCUGGGAAGGAUUGGUACUACGGUAACGUGACACGGCACCAAGCUGAGUGUGCUCUUACUGAAAGAGGAGUGGUAGGGGACUUUCUGAUACGGGACAGUGAAUCAUCGCCCAGUGAUUUCUCCAUUUCUCUGAAGGCUGUUGGGAAGAACAAACACUUCAAGGUGCAGCUGCAGGACGGCGUGUACUGCAUCGGUCAGCGGCGUUUUAGCAGUAUGGAUGAGCUUGUAGAGCACUACAAGAAAGCGCCCAUCUUCACCAGUGAGCAAGGAGACAAACUCUAUCUUGUCAAGCCCCUUGCCUGAAUUCGUCACUUUUUCAUCAGACAUUACAUCUCCCUCUGAGCACCUCACUUCCCUUCUUUUCCUGCACACUACUCUGGCUUUACUACAUUCUUGAAUGAGGGGAAAAGCUCCUUUCAGAAGCAACUUCAAGGACUGUUUGACAUUUCAGAGCCCAAUAUCGCCUCCACUCCUGUAGGGAGCAAUAGAGAUGACCGUCCCUGAUAUAAGUUCCCGCUUUUUUUUUUUUUUUUUUUUUUUUUUUUAAUUUUUUUAAAGUUUUGGAUGUUUUGGUAAAGGAAAUACAGAAUGGCAUUUCAGGGAGCAACAUCUGUAGAACUCUCUCCCAGCCUUUGGGCAGCUGUUCUUUUGCUCUUCCUGUUGCUGGUUGAUCCACAACCUCAACCCACGUUAUAUUGGUUUACAUUUCUCUGCCCAAAAGAGCAUUACAGUAUGUAAUUAAGCAGAGGAGUAUAGAUUCAUAUGCAUGUCUUAACCUUGAUCCUUCAGAGCAAGGAGUGUGAUUUGGUUCCCAACAGAUGAUUUGUCUUCAUUCGUAGAGUUCAUCUGGUGGCCGUGUAACUUCUUUAUGUUCACACUGCAGCUGCCUAUCGCGUUACACUGACUGAAUCUGAAUCCAAACUAACUGCUGAGAUGACAGUCAGGUUUCACCCUGAAGUAAAGCAGUGCUGUCCCAUCCUCUGAGCUGUUAAAAACACAGUUUUUCCAUCUGCAGUCCCAUCAUACAUGAAGGCAGAGUUUGGACUUCUCUCCUCCUGCUGUGGAAACAUGCAUAGCUUUCCAGGAAAUUCGCCUGAAUCCAAAUCACUACAGGGUUUCUUCAGAAUCAGGGUACUUCAUUAAGGGAUAUAAAUGCUGCCGUUAUGACGGGUUAAAAGAGGUGGGUGUAAAGAAAGAGAUUGUCGCCUCUAAGAAAGUGGUUUCUGUAGAACAGGAGAGAGUUUGAAUGUGUGUCCUUUCAACCAAAUGUGCCACCCACUUCCAGUUGUGCUACUAUUGAUGUCUUACUGCACCUCACCAACAGGCUUCUCUGCUCUCAGUAACACACAAGUGAUUGUGAACACUAAUUCAAGAGUAAUUAACAAGAAUAUGAUUUUAUUUCUUUACUUUUGUCAAUUACUCGAAGUCUGUUGACCAAUAAGUGUGUUGGUCAAAGAGAUUUUAUUUUGUUGUUUUGGGUUUUUUAAAAAUCUUUUUUUCAAUUUGUCUGAAUGUUAUUGAGCAAUGUUAUUUAAUUCUUCUUUCCACUGUAUGUACAUAUACAUAUAUAUUACAAAAAGAUAUGGUGCAUAUAUGAAUCGUUUAGAUCCUGCAUUAUGGUACUGUUUUGAGGACAGUGUGGUGAGAAUUGAAAUACUUUUGUUCAAUAAAAGUUUUGCUACAUAACUUAAAAGGAA